AUGGAAAUCUUGAGGAACUGUGAUCUAAGUAUGGGAACCAUAGACCUUAGGGCUGCUGCAGAUGAAAACUCAAUUUCGAAUCUCAGCAGUCAAGUUCAUCAGCUUCCUUGCUGCAUUAGAUUCGAUGGUCCUGCUCAAGUCUCUCACUAUUUCAAGCCUAAACCCAGUGAGGUUGAAAUUGAUGGAGUAAGAACAGAAGAAGCUCAUUUCAGAGGAAGGAAGUUGCAGGGAGCAACUAUCUCACUCCCUAGUGGCUAUUCUGGUUUUGUGCUUGGACAGGCGAGUAACCGAAAUGCUAAUGGAAAGAGGAAAGCUUGUGGUGCCACAGAAGAGAAUCCGUGUUGGGAAGUGAAGGCGAAGUUCGAUGAAAUGACAUACUGGAAUCACGAUACUCUUCCAUCCAAAGACGAUACUUUCUUGCGGUCUUUUCAUUGGUUUAGCAUUGCAGAAGCGCUGCACAAGCCAGUGACUGUUGAAGACUUGGCUGCAGUAACAACAGAUGGUGAAAAGGGAUAAAUCUAUCAAGUGUCAUUAUUUUGGUUUUGAACCAAAGUAUCUUGUGAAACAAGUAGCAGUAGGUAGUUUAAGUAACAAGUAGUAGAUCUUGACAUGAAAUUCUCAAUGCUUGUUCGGUUAAAACUUGUUUGAGCCUGACUCGUGUAUUGUUUCUGUAAAAUUUUAGUUUAUUUCUAAAAGACGAAAUUAGGCAGAAUAAAGGAUUGAUCAAAUUCUAUUGAGUCUAAUUUUAAGUCAUUUCAUUUCCUUCAUAACAACAGUCUUCACAAACAUUUAGAUUUUAUC